GCAAAAUAAAUAUCAAGUAUUAGCAAUGAUCCCUGUCAAAAGAAUAAUAUACUUUUGAAUAACGCACAUACUGAUCGUUAGAUAAUAAUAAAGUGUACAUUUACAUAUGAGUAAUAGACGGACGAUAUAUUAAAUUUGAGACACAAAUGGUAUAUCAGCGUGGAAAUCAGAAGGAAGGCUCUCCGCAUUAUGUAUUUCUUUAUUCGGAUGACGAAAAUAGCGGAGACGAGGAAAAUUUUCCUUUACAGCUGCGAAACGGUUCUACAUCUUCCCCGCGAAAAGUGGAAGUGAUAAAUGUUUUAAUCAAACCGGAGGAUACAUUGCAAGCAUUAGCACUUCGAUAUAGGUGCACGAUAUCAGAAUUGAAAAGAAUCAAUAAGAUUCACAAAGAGAAUGAGAUAUAUGCUCGAAGAUCUAUAAAAGUGCCAAUUCAACCAUUUUCUAUUUUAACAGAAAAUUUGGAUAAAAAUUCUGACAUAAGCGAAGAAAAAUUAGAUACUACUGUACAAUCUGAAUCAGGGACUAUCGCAAGAGUACAACCAUCAAUAAAUUUAGUAAAUGUUUCUGUACCUAUUGAUCUUCCUCAAACAGAAAUUAAUAAUAUUAUACUUAAUUCGGUAUGUGAACCUUUAGCAUCGUACAAAUCAAAUAAUUUACCGGAAACAUCUUAUACAGAAUACGAUCAAUUACUUAAUUCAACAGAAAGUGAGGUAAUAGAAUCACAUUUCAUGGACACAUUUAAAUGUUCUGGUGAUGAUUGCGGUUUAUCAUGGACACAACUUUUAGGAGUUUCUCUGCUCCUAGGUUUUGCUGGUCCUAUUAUAUACAUAUUGUAUAUAGCCGAAUAUUCUACUAAAACAAAUCAUUAAAGUAACAUAGAUAAUAGAAAUAUAAUGAAAACGGCAUAUUUAACGUAUCUUUGUGAUAAUAGAAAUUAUUGGAUAAUAGAAAUUAUUGCAAAUUGCAUUGCUUUAAGGGAUUAAGAUUAAUAUGAAAAAAAAAAAAAAAAAAAAAAAAAAAAAAAAAAAAAAAAAAAUUAUUCAUAUACGAAUUUACUGACAUUUUAUAAAGUAUAUAAAUUUUUAUAUUGAUCAUAUUUGGAUCGAUAUAAAGAUAAAAACUAACGAAAGUAUAAACCGUACGGAUUUAUUAGAUUAUAAAUUUUAAAUUGAUAAUAUGAGAAGUUAAUAUUGUAAUUUAGGUAACUAUCUAAAUGUCAAUUUGAUUUGAAUCAUUAUCGAAUUUAACCUGAAAAAAAAAAAAAAGA